AGCUGAACAGUCCAAAGUUUUAACAGAGGACCAGCAAGAGAAUGAGAAACGGGUUGAUGUUGUCAAACAUGCCUUUCAGAACAUUGCCAAGAAGGCCGGGGCCAUACUGCAAGCCUCAGGUCCUGACUUUGACAAGAAACUUAAAAAAGUGCCGGAAAUGUUGCUUGGUCAUGCUAUGGUGGAGUCGGCCCAAAACAUGUGUCAACUUUGUGGUGAUUGUCAGAUAAACCUGGCCAGAGAACAAGUCCAGUACGAGAUGCUAGUUGAGCAGGAUUUCAUCAACCCAUUACAGAAUGUUGUUGAUGUUGAUAUUCCCAGCAUAAUGAAGUUCAGAAAAGCUCUGAGUAAGUCAAUCCUUGACAUGGACUCAGCCAAAACCAGACUGAAUCAGGUAGUGCGGCAGUCUCAGGUCCCUGGUGCUAACAUGGCCAAUGCAGCAGCCAAGGCUGAUGUCAUCAAGGAAGAGUAUGAGGAGGCAACUCUCAAAAUGGAAACUAUCAAGGACAGCUUGUCUAUAGAACUGUGCCAUUUUGCUGCCAAAGAAUGUGACCACAGCACCACUUUGUUAAAAUUCUUGGAGUCACAGUGCAGCUAUCACAAGAAAGCUCUGGAGCUGAUAGAAGACUGUCUACCACAGAUGAGGCUAGCAAUAAAAAACUCUCCAGCCAAACCUUGCUAUGGGAUGCCUCUGGAAGAGCAUCUCCGACUCAUGUGCCGCGACAUUGCCUUAGUCUUAGAAGCCUGCAUUAUAACCCUGUUGGAGACGGGUAUGGAAGAAGAGGGAUUGUUUAGAAUUGCUGGUUCUGCAGCAAAGCUAAAAAAAUUGAAGGCUUCCUUUGACGCCCAUGCUGUGGACAUGGAGGAGUUCAGUACAGACCCACACACUGUUGCUGGUGCUCUGAAGCAGUACUUGAGAGAGCUGCCUGAGCCUUUGCUGACGUAUGAAUUAUAUGAUGACUUUUUACAUACUGUUUCACUAUCGCAAGAUCAGCGCUUGCAGGCUUUAUGGGCUGUGAUUAACCGACUUCCAAAACCAAACUACAACAACUUUAGGUAUUUAGUGAAGUUUUUGUCCAAGUUAGCAGAGAAAAGUGAUAUUAACAAGAUGAAGCCCAGCAACAUUGCCAUUGUGAUAGGACCGAAUCUCCUGUGGUCCGAACAGAGCAACACGCCAAACAUGAUGACAACGGGUACAGUGAGUGCAAUCGUCGAAGCUGUAGUAACGCAUGCUGAUUGGUUCUUCCCGGGUGCAUUUGAUUUCCACAUGACUGGCCAUGGCAGCUCGCCUAAGCCUUGCCGAGAGCCUGGCGGGGCACUUAGCCGUAAUUCUGAAGUCACAGUUGUUAAGACUGCCAAAGAGAUUGUGGAGAAGGAAAGAGAAACUAAAGAUGAGAAAAACAAACUGGUACCUGCAAAGGAAGAUGAGAUACAAGUUGUUGUGGAGGAUAGCAGUAAAAAUGGAGAUGUAUUUAAGCAGCUUCGAGUAAAUCCGCCAUCAGUAAAUGCGGGUGAGGUUCUGAAAAGUAAGCCUGGGAAAGGAGAUUCAGAUAUUUCAGUUGAAGACAUUCUUGUUUCCGAGAAACAGGAGACCCUGUCAGUAUCCGAGCUGAAGAUUAAGACUGACCUGUGUCAUACAGGUAAAGAUGACUUUCAGACCUCAGCAUCCCUAACACCAGGUGGUCGUCGAAAUGGUCAUUAUGUCCCAUUGGGUGCAACCAACACUGGUGAUUAUGAUAAUAUUAUGUACACAAUCAGUCCCUAUAACCCACUGUACAGAAGUGGCACCUUCACCAGAGGCAGCACAUUCAGCUCUGUUGACAGGAGAGGUAGUGCCGAUAAUGUUUUGACCUUUGGGAAACAACACCCUGCUCCAGUUCCUCCUUCAAGACCCUCAAGAACAUCAAAACGAACCCUUCCCUUGGUGUCAGAACAGAGCUCUCCUUUCUCUACCUUUGCCAGAUCAAUGUCACAGUCCCCAUCUCCUGGUUCUCAGCAGUCUGUCGAGACAGAGCCCUGCGUUCCCGAGGAACCUCGCAAUCCACAUGCCAGAUACUUUGCGGGGUCUACCCCAAACAUUUCUUCACUGCCAUAUAGUCGAAUAGAAGAUGAGGGCUUUACAGGAUAUCAUGGCCCAUUGUGGAAUAGGCCCAAUCAGAAAUCAGAUUUUCAUUCCCUGAAGAGGGGAUCUGACCCAUGCAUCAUACCCCCUCCACCACAGUUUACGAUUGCUGGCGGCCAUAAAUCUACCAAGUUGUCAAGGUCGCAACUGGGUACUCCUCCGAAACCUGGUGAAGUGUCAAGGUCACCUACAUCCCCACAGAGCGAAAUGUUGAAAUCUCCCGUAGAUCUGUCCCUGACAUCCAGGACCCAUCACACCCAGGACAUAACGCCAGUCGACAAAAGCUUUCACCAGGAUGCAUACAGCACAGCUUUUGCACUGACCUCCCUUGGAGCUGGUAGCAAGUCCACUGACUACCUGACCAGAGUUCGAGCCAUGUGGGAUGAUCAUCAUCAGCUGCACACAAAAUAUGGCCCUGCAGGUGAAAAAACUGGAACCAGCAUUGCUGUUGAUGCUAAUACUAAAACAACAGACCGCACCAGUCCUGCAAAGAUUGAAACACCUGCUAGACCGAAUUCAGCAAUAAUUUUGCAGAGCAACUUAGGAGUAGCUGGCCAGAUUUCUCCUAGAGGAGAAGGCAAAGCCAAAAACGCAGGUGAGCCUCUACGAUUGUCUCCAACGCCCAAUCGUCAGACAGAAUUGGACUUCAACCUUGUGUAUUCGUACGAAGAUAGUCAGGAAGGGGUGCCGGUGCUUUCUGACAAGCCACAGAACAACAUAGAGCCUCACGAUGUUCAGGCAUCACCGGUUCAACAGUCAACCCAGAAUUCAGCACCGCCUCCAAGUCCCAGUGCCUCCCCUGGAACUUCUAGGCAAUUAUCUAAUAGUCAGCCUGUGCUUGAAGAAAGCCCUGACUCCACUCCUCUGCAGAGGCGGGCAACUCGGAAACCAGCUCCUCCACCACCUCCUGAAAGACCAUACACCGUGAAUGUCACAGCAACGACCGCAGCAGCGAUGAAGUUCGGCAGUAGCACAAACAGUGUCUCCAGCAGUGGAAGCAGUAAUGGUGAUGCUGCCAAGAAUGGAAAUGGCAACCAGUUUCAGACCUGGCCAAGAAGCGCGCCUCUGGCUUCUCCAGAAUCUCCAACAGAGCAGCCAAAGAUUCCAGGUUCUCAGGAAAAACACAAGCAGAAAUUACCGGGCAAUCAAACAGAAAAACCUCCAGUUCAGCCGCCUCAUCGACCGGAACAGGCACCACCAGACAGACCUCGAGUUCCACCUUCAUUAAAUCCACCGCCAGUUGCCGUGAGAGGUCACCAGAGGUCAGUGUCCGCCGGUGCAGCAUUUACCCAGAAGGUUGGAACUUUCGACAGCAGUGUCAUUACUGGUAUCCCAAAUGCAGGUAGUUUAUCAUCUUAUAGUAUUGCAGAGGGCGGUCAGGAUGAUAGUGAAGGUGCUGGGUUCGAUUCUGUGAACUCUGCUGCAAAUAUUCAGAAUGUGGUUCCCCCUGGUUCAUCGUACACACUUGGCCGUCAAACUAGUCUACGUCCACGACCCACUCCACCCCCACCUCCACCCCCGGUCUGUAAAGAGUCAGAAGAUACCAAAUUGUGA